UCACCCUGCAAACUUUGCCAUCCGUGCGUGGAAGCCUAGGGGAUGUAUGGAGGUGGCUGUGUGAGCCGGAGCAGGAAGCCUGGCACCGGAUCCCCGAUCCCUGUGUGAUCACAUUACACGAUCGCUGUAUAUUUGGGCAGCUGGUGCUUAUUGGCUGGAUCUAUCCCCCCCGAGAGCAGAGAGGAGGCAGCGGGAGCUGGAGCUGGAAGCAGCCGCCGCACAUGCUCUGAGAUCGGAUCCAGCAGCACAGAGGACGGGACCCUGAGGGAUCCACCGUGUGUGCGCUACCGCCAGGCUGCUGCAGAGGAUCUACCUGCCCGCUUCCUUGGAAUAUUAGUGGAUUGUGAUGUUGGGGAAGGGACCAUCUGCAGUGUCAAUGCGGCUGCACUGAGAGCACAUCUCCCAGGACCAAAGGGAGCAGACGUAUUAUAUUGAAGAUCAUAAAACAAUUUGGCUACAAAUAUGGCAUCUGUGAGAUGGAGCUGGGUUUGCACCAUCUCCCACUUCAUGUUAUUAGCCACCGUGUCAGCUAUCUCCCAAAAGACAAAGAGAAAUUUUACCACUUUCUAUACGGAACAAGCUGACUGGACUUUCAAUCACUUGGUAGUUGAUGAAAGAACUGGACACAUUUACAUAGGAGCUAUUAACAGGAUCUACAAACUUUCUGAAGACUUGAAGGUCUUACUGACCCACCAGACUGGACCAGAUGAAGACAACCCAAAGUGUUAUCCUCCUAGGAUAGUCCAGCCUUGCAAUGAACCGUUGGUAUAUACUAAUAAUGUAAACAAAAUGCUGCUAAUUGACAAUAAAGAAAAUAGGUUGAUAGCCUGUGGAAGCCUCUAUCAGGGUAUCUGCAAGCUUCUGAGAUUGGAGGACCUCUUUAAACUUGGUGAGCCAUUCCAUAAAAAAGAACAUUACCUUUCAGGGGUUAAUGAGAGUGGCUCUGUUUUUGGAGUUAUUGUUUCAAACAACAAUUUAGAUGAUAAAUUGUUUAUUGCCACAUCUGUUGAUGGGAAACCAGAAUACUUUCCUACCAUUUCGAGCAGAAAACUCACCAGGAACUCUGAAGCUGAUGGAAUGUUUGCAUAUGUGUUCCAUGAUGAAUUUGUUGCAUCAAUGAUAAAAAUACCUUCAGAUACUUUUAAUGUUAUUCCAGAUUUUGAUAUUUACUACAUAUAUGGCUUUAGUAGUGCAAACUUUGUUUACUUCUUGACACUUCAGCCAGAGAUGACGUUACCACCUGGUUCCGGUACAAAGGAGCAGGUCUACACAUCAAAAUUAGUCCGUUUGUGCAAGGAGGACACAGCUUUUAAUUCAUAUGUUGAGGUUCCAAUUGGAUGUGAGAAAAAUGGCGUGGAGUACAGACUUCUUCAGGCUGCUUACUUGUCCAAAGCUGGAUCAAUUCUUGCAAAGUCUUUAGGAAUCAAACCUGGUGAUGAUGUUCUAUUUACCAUCUUCUCUAAGGGUCAGAAGAGGCGAACAAAGUCACUGGAUGAGUCUGCCUUGUGUGUGUUUGCUCUUAAACAAAUCAAUGAUAGAAUUAAAGAAAGACUACAAUCUUGCUACAAGGGUGAAGGCACUUUAGAUCUUGCAUGGCUGAAAGUGAAAGACAUUCCCUGCAGUAAUGCGCUCAUAACAAUUGCUGAUGACUUCUGUGGCUUGGACAUGAACGCCCCACUGGGAGUAUCUGAAAUGGUUCGAGGGUACCCCGUCUUUACAGAGGAUCGGGACAGGAUGACUUCCGUUAUAGCCUAUGUGUAUAAAAAUCAUUCUCUUGCAUUUGUGGGGACCAAAAGUGGCAAAAUCAAAAAGAUUCGAGUUGAUGGUCCCAUUACUGGAGCAGUACAAUAUGAAACCAUACAAGUGGUAGACUCUGGUCCUAUUUUAAGGGAUAUGGCCUUUACAAAGAAUGAGGAACAGCUCUUUGUCAUGUCGGAGAAGCAGCUAACAAGGGUCCCGGUUGAGUCUUGUGGUCAGUAUACUACAUGCAGUGAUUGUCUGGGCUCUGGAGAUCCACAUUGCGGCUGGUGUGUGCUUCAUAACACCUGUACAAGAAAAGAGAGAUGUGAGCGAUCUCAUGAGGCCAGAAGAUUUGCAUCGGAGAUGAAGCAAUGCGUCAGACUCACUGUCCAUCCAAACAAUAUAUCUGUCUCCCAGUACAAAGUCCUGCUGGUGUUAGAAGCUUAUAAUGUACCAGAACUGUCUGCUGGAGUCAACUGCACAUUUGAGGAUCUUUCAGAGAUGGAUGGAGUUGUAGUUGGAAACCAAAUCCGAUGCACUUCCCCAGCUGAAAAGGAAGUUCCACGCAUCAUCACAGAAAAUGGUGAUCAUCACAUUGUCCAGCUCCAACUUAAAUCCAAAGAAACUGGGAUGACAUUUGCCAGUACAAACUUUGUCUUCUAUAACUGCAGUGUUCAUAACUCGUGCCUAUCUUGUGUGCAAAGUCCAUAUCAGUGCCAUUGGUGCAAAUAUCGACAUGUGUGCACCCAUGACCCUCAGACCUGCUCCUUUCAGGAAGGAAAAGUCAAGGUGCCAGAGGAAUGCCCUCAGCUUCUUCACACUGAAAGAAUUCUGAUUCCAGUUGAUAUUGUUAAACCCAUCACUUUAAAAGCAAAGAAUUUACCACAGCCUCAAUCGGGGCAGAAGGGCUAUGAGUGUAUCCUGAACAUCCAGGGGAAUGAACAGAGGGUCCCUGCACUGAGGUUCAACAGUUCAAGUGUUCAGUGCCAAAAUACCUCAUAUGACUACGAAGGCAUGGAGAUUGACAGUCUCCCAGUGGAGCUGACCGUGGUAUGGAAUGGGGAUUUCAGCAUUGACAAUCCAGCUCUGAACAAAGUGCAUCUGUACAAGUGUGGUGCUACCAGACCCAGCUGCGGCUUGUGCUUAAAGGCAGAUCCCGACUUUGAAUGUGGUUGGUGUGCCGGAGAAUCCAAAUGUACGCUCAAGCAGCACUGCUCAACCUUAGAGAAACCCUGGCUUGAGCUAUCGGGGACCCAUGCAAAAUGUGAAAAUCCCAGGAUAACACAGAUUAUUCCGGUAACCGGUCCCCGUGAUGGAGGCACCAAAGUAACAAUUAGGGGAGAAAAUCUGGGCCUGGAGUUUUGGGAAAUUCAGCAUAAUGUGAAAGUUGCAGAAGUGAAGUGCACUCCUUUGAUUGAAGAAUAUAUCCCUGCAGAGCAAAUUGUGUGUGAAAUGGGAAGUGCCCAGCAAAGCCAGCAUGCUGGAUUUGUAGAUGUCUGUGUGGGAGAAUGCAGAGACGGCUUUAUGGUGAAAUCCUCAUUGCUGUACUACUUUGUGAAUUUGGCUCUGUCUAAAUUAGAGCCCCUACAAGGACCAGUCUCGGGAGGGACACAAGUCACAAUCACUGGAACCAACUUGAAUGCAGGAAGCAGUGUCAAUGUCAUGUUUGGGGAACAACCUUGUAUUUUUGAUAGGAGAACACAAACUGAGAUCUUCUGUAACACCACAGCUUCUCUUAAAGGUUUGCAGAAGGUAGAAGUCACUGUGCAAAUAGACAGAGCCAAGAUCCAUCAAGAAUUACAAUUUGAGUAUGUGGAAGAUCCUAGAAUUGUGAAAAUUGAACCUGAGUGGAGUAUUUUCAGUGGGAACACCCCUAUAUCAGUGUGGGGAACUAAUCUGGACAUUAUAAGAAAUCCCCAAAUACGAGCCAAGUUUAAUGGAAAAGAGCACAUCAAUAACUGUACAGUGCUGAACUCUACAGAGAUGACCUGUCAAGCUCCAGCCGUAGCUGUAAAUUCUAACAACCAGCUUGACGUCACCGAGCGGCCAGAAGAGUUUGGCUUCAUCAUGGACAAUGUGCAAGCAUUACUGGUCCUCAACAAAACCAAUUUUACAUAUUAUCCAGAUCCAGUGUUUGAGUCCUUCAACCCUUCUGGGAUUUUGGAACUAAAGCCAGGAAGUCCCAUAAUAUUAAAGGGAAAGAACUUAAUUCCACCAGUUGCUGGAGGCAACAUGAAACUGAAGUACUUCAUGUUCAUUGGGGAGAAACCAUGCACAGUAACAGUGUCUGAUGUCCAACUUCUUUGUGAGUCCCCAAACCUCACUGGUCGUCACAAAGUAAUGGCUCGAGUUGGUGGGAUGGAAUUCUCUCCUGGCAUGGUUUACAUAACUCCGGAUAGUCCUCUUAGCGUACCAGCAAUUGUCAGUAUUGCAGCGGCUGGUGGACUACUAAUAAUCUUCAUUGUGGCAGUGCUCAUAGCCUACAAACGCAAAUCUAGAGAAAGUGAUUUGACUCUCAAAAGAUUGCAAAUGCAGAUGGAUAAUUUGGAAUCAAGAGUGGCACUGGAGUGCAAAGAAGCUUUUGCCGAGCUACAAACAGAUAUCCAUGAGCUGACAAGUGACCUGGAUGGAGCUGGCAUUCCUUUCUUAGAUUAUCGUACCUAUACUAUGAGAGUCUUGUUCCCUGGAAUUGAAGAUCACCCUGUGUUGAGGGACCUAGAGGUCCCUGGCUACAGGCAGGAGCGUGUAGAGAAAGGCUUGAAGCUAUUUGCCCAGAUGAUUAACAACAAAGUUUUCUUACUCUCAUUUAUUCGGACCCUUGAGUCUCAGCGCAGCUUUUCCAUGCGCGAUCGUGGCAAUGUGGCUUCCCUCAUUAUGACAGUUUUACAAAGCAAAUUAGAAUAUGCCACGGAUGUACUGAAACAAUUGCUCUCAGAUCUUAUAGAUAAAAACCUGGAAAGCAAGAAUCAUCCUAAACUUUUGCUGAGAAGAACAGAGUCAGUUGCAGAGAAGAUGUUGACCAAUUGGUUCACAUUCCUAUUGUACAAGUUCCUCAAGGAAUGUGCAGGGGAGCCUCUGUUUUCUCUCUUCUGUGCCAUCAAGCAACAAAUGGAGAAAGGUCCCAUUGAUUCCAUCACAGGAGAAGCACGUUAUUCACUGAGCGAAGACAAGCUUAUCAGGCAGCAGAUUGACUACAAGACACUGGUCCUUAAUUGUGUUAAUUCUGAUAAUGUGAACAGUCCCAUGAUUCCAGUGAAAAUCCUCAACUGUGACACAAUUACUCAAGUAAAGGAGAAGAUACUGGACACCAUUUUUAAGAACCUUCCGUGCUCACAUCGACCUAAGGCUGCCGAUAUGGAUUUAGAAUGGAGGCAAGCAAGUGGAGCUCGAAUGAUCUUGCAAGAUGAAGACAUUACAACGAAAAUAGAGAAUGACUGGAAGAGACUGAAUGUUAUUGCACACUAUCAGGUUCCAGAUGGCGCAGUGGUUGCAUUAGUAUCGAAACAAGUCACGGCAUACAAUGCUGUAAAUAAUUCUACUGUGUCAAGAACGUCUGCCAGUAGAUAUGAAAAUAUGAUUAAAUACACUGGAAGUCCUGACAGCUUGCGGUCUCGCACACCCAUGAUAACACCAGAUUUGGAAAGUGGAGUCAAAGUUUGGCAUUUGGUCAAGAACCAUGAGCAUGGAGACCAAAAAGAAGGGGACAGAGGAAGUAAAAUGGUAUCAGAAAUAUACCUAACAAGAUUGUUGGCUACUAAGGGCACAUUACAGAAGUUUGUGGAUGACUUGUUUGAAACCAUAUUUAGCACAGCACACAGAGGCAGCGCUCUUCCUCUUGCCAUCAAAUAUAUGUUUGAUUUUCUGGAUGAGCAAGCAGACAAGCAUAACAUUCAUGAUCCUCAUGUACGACACACCUGGAAGAGCAACUGCUUACCAUUGAGGUUCUGGGUGAAUGUCAUAAAAAACCCUCAAUUUGUCUUUGAUAUCCACAAGAACAGCAUUACAGAUGCUUGUCUUUCUGUGGUGGCACAGACAUUUAUGGACUCCUGUUCUACUUCAGAGCACCGCUUAGGGAAGGACUCACCUUCUAACAAGCUCCUUUAUGCCAAGGAUAUCCCAAGUUAUAAAAACUGGGUAGAAAGGUACUAUUCUGACAUUGCCAAAAUGCCAGCUAUUAGUGACCAAGAUAUGAAUGCUUACUUGGCAGAGCAAUCGCGUAUGCACAUGAAUGAGUUCAAUACCAUGAGUGCACUCUCAGAGAUCUACUCAUAUGUUGGAAAAUAUAGCGAAGAGAUUUUAACAGCUUUAGAUCAAGAUGACCAAGCUGGAAAGCAAAAACUUGCCUACAAAUUAGAACAAGUUAUUGCCCUGAUGAGUAUAGACAGCUGAAAACUGCUCUUCCAGGUUACCCUGGAAGGGAUAAACCAAGCCGUGCCUCAGUCAAGAUUGUCAUCUUUACCAAGUGCAAGUUCGGAUUGGCUGGAUGCAGGGUCUUCUGCUUCAUCUUCUUCCUUCGAUGAACCUCAUGGAUAAUACAAAAUGUCCAGUGGAUUAAGGGAAGACAUAACAUGUGGAAAACAUUGGGAUACAAAAACAGUCUAGUUAAGACCUCUGCUUACAGAUAAACUAAUACACUAUCCAGUACGGAAAGCUAGAAGGUCUGUGCUGCUUGUGGCUUCUUUCCCUGCCAUGAUUUGGUACGGAUGGAAUAUGAACCUAGUAUUAAUGAAUUUAAACCAUAAAAGAUGGAAUCCUUCUUCAGCAGAAAAAGGCAUUAUUGAUAUCCCAGCUACAUGACUCAAAUUGUAUCUUCAUGUAAAUCUUCAGCAUGGAGAAGAAAGCAAGAACAUGUAAAAUUCCUUUAAUCUAUCAGAGGCCAUUAGAAGAAAGAGGUUAUUCUACUUUUCUUAUCAUUCUCCCUGUUCAAAAAACCCGAAUAGGUUAUUGUCCUGCAAGCUAUUCUAUACAUCUGCUUCACUUCAAUGUUCCCAAGAAACUUUUUUUUUUUUUUUUUUACAAAAUCACAAUAUGAGGCAACAAAAAAAGACCAUGGUGAUGGUUCAAUAUGCAUACUAAUGACUUUAUAAAAUAGGUAUAAAAACACAUCAUACUACAGAUCCCAGUUUUAUCUUACAAUUCAUUGACCCUUCAUUUUCUUUAUCUACAAUUUUCAUCAUAUGACACAAACACAGAUAGUUUUCCUAUAGGUAAAUGUGCAUCAUCUUAAGUUUCAGGUUUUGAAAUUGGUUGGUUUAAGUGAAGUCCUCACAUUCCAAAUGGUACAAUGAAAGCUUCAAGGUAAUUAACUGUAGUGUAAAAUAAUGAAGUAUUAUAUGCUUAGACCCUGUAAAAAUAUCAGAUAUAUAAUGUAUAUUUGAGCAUAUGGAUUCAUUGAUUUACAUACAGACAAUUACUGUUUAAGGCUUUUCGUGGAUCAAGGUAAUUGAAUAAACCUUAGCACAAUUCACUUUAGACCUAACAUGUAAUGCAAAAUAGGAGAAAGGACAACUGGAAAACUAUCAUCUACUUUGAUAUGGCUGAACUAUUUUUCUUCAUCCAGUCUUGGGAGGAUUAGACAUGUUCUUGAAAUAUAAAAGUGCAUCACUUGUUUUGAAACUGCCAUUUGGAAAAAAGGAGCACAAAAUUACAAUAGUCAUGCAAAAAAUAAAAAAACAAUAUCAGCACAAGUUUUAUUUGGAAUGACAGAAGAAAAUGUCACCAAUUGAAAAGGUUAGCAUUGCCUGAGAAUGCAACUAGCAUGAGUGACAAGUAGCUACUUAUUUUAAGGCUGAAAUUCCAGGUUAUUCCAACUUCUUUCCAAGGUUACUCUAACUUGUUUUGUAAUUUUGAAAAAUUUACAGUUCAGUAUUUUAGAAGGUGAGAUUGUACUUUUUUUUUUGUUUUGGGACAGUAAUACAAAUCUUUCUAUUCUGUAAGACUUAUUUUUUAGACUAUUAAUUACAUAAAGCUCAAUUAAAGGAAUACACUAGGAUUAAGUCAAGUUUGGAACAACUCGGAAUCUGAUAUAAAACAAUUGGUCCAUGUCUAUUCAUUUUGAGAGCUCUUAAUCCCUUAUGCACUUUAUUUGAACUUUUCCUAGAAUUUGCGUUAAAUUAGCUGAUGGUUACUGAACUAUAACUGGAGUCUAAAGCUUUGGCCGGCUACUACUUUUACCAAGGGAAAGAAGAAGCAUUACACUCAAAGAAUUGUAGACAAAACCAAAGGUUAUGGUGACACAACAUUGUCACAUCUCAAAGGCUUUCUUCUCAUCCUUCUAAUGAUAAUGAUGAAAAGGACAAAUUGGUAUGCAUCUGUAUCUGCUCCAGUCCCGAUAUCUAGCAUGAAAUGUAAGAAGAUGAUAAGUAAACAAUUGGAUUUGCACAGCUGUACAGAAAGAAUACAUGUAGACCACUAUGCUAUGUAAUUCAAACAAUCUUAUGUUUAUUUCCAAUUUCUUUCAAAGAAAAAUGGCAACCUCAGACAAUUAAAAUAUAUUUAAAAAAGUACAUAUAGAAAAAUGUAACUUUUCGUGUUGACCAUUGUGAGCUUCAAAGCUGUCUUUAUUCCUGUUCCUUUUUUUUUUAUUCUGAACUUCUUGCCUUGAGUUCUGCCAGAUUUGUGCUGUGAAUGUGUAGGGUCUUGGCCCUGGAGUUCCAGGGGUACAAACCUUAGUUUUCAGGGUUUUUCUUCUUUUUUUUCUUUCUUUUCUUUUUUUUUUUUUAACUUAAAAUAGUGCAUGUUAAUACAGUUAAUGCUGAGAGAAAAGUAAAGCCUUGCUGAUGAUGUGGAUGUGGUUUCCAUUUUAUUCCUUCCAUUUUAAUUCUUUUAUUUUUUGUCUGCCUGAGAGCAUUGAUCUGAGUGAUUUGUCAUGUGACUAUAUUCAAUAUUAGGGUGGGUUCACACUAGCAUUAGGGAUUCUGUUAUGGCUUUCCGUUAUAACAUAGUUAUAAUGGAAAAUAACGGAAAAUAACGGAAUGCCCAGA